UUGAGUGUGUUGAGUGGACGUGCGGUCUCCCGCGUUAUACUAUCAAACCUUCGCGUAGAAAAUGCUUACAUAAUAAAAAAUAUUUUUUUAAAGUUUAUACCUAUAGAUUUUUCAAAUGCCAACAUAAAAAAAUAUAUGUUUAUUUAAAAUUGUAUUUCUUAAAACAUGGAUGAAGCAUUCGCGCAUGUGGAAGGUGGUGUCGAGAAAAACAAAAAGGGACUUGUCCCCCCGGAUGGUGGUUGGGGGUACGUUAUCGGAUUAGGAGUGGGGUUUACAUUCAUGCUAGGUUUCGGUUCUUCAAAUGCUUUUGGCAUCCUUUUUAAUGACUUCUUCUUAGAACAAGACGGUGCUAGUGGAUUACCUCUAGUCAUUGGAGUUUAUAACGGAGCACUUUCUUUCGCAGGUUUUCUAAGUGGUAUAGCGUUGAAGAAGUAUUCUUUUCGCCAAGUUGGCUUGUUCGGAGCAGCACUUUUUGUUUUAGGAGAUGUCCUAACGAUAUUUGUACAGAAAACGUACCAACUUGUCAUUACCUUUGGCGUUAUCAGAGGAUCAGGAUUCGGCGUGAUGAUUCCAGUAAGUUUCACCGCGUUCAACUGUUACUUCACUAAAAAAAGGACGGCGAUGAUGAGUGCGAAUCAGACCAUGAGUAGCAUGGCAUCCAUAACGUUUCCAAUGCUGGUGACUUUUCUGCUAUCGGAGUAUGGAUUCCGAUGGACCCUCGCCCUGAUCAUGGCCAUAGAUCUCCAUUUGGUCUUUGCAAUGUUGGUGAUGCAUCCAGUGGAAUGGCAUUUAGUUAAAUCUGAGGACCCAACUGUUGAUAUAGGUGAUGUUGAAGAGGUCAAAGAAAACAAGGUGAAUAGUCGACAUGAAUCUAUACAGAAAAGUAUUAUAAAAGUAAUAUGUGACAACGUCGAAUUAGAUCUUUUGAAAGAUCCAAGGUUUGUAAGUACCUUGGUUGGGAUUGGAUUCGCUUUUGUAUCCGACGUGACAUAUUUGGCAAUGGAACCAAUGCUUCUGUUCUCAUAUGGAUUUUCUCAAAUGGAAGUAGCAACUUGCGUCAUGGUUGGUGCUUUGGCAGAUCUGCUGGCCAGAUUUGCAUUUGCCGUGUUCACUUAUUUUUUUGUUGUGGACAGCAAAAAGCUUUUCUAUAUUGGCACUUGCAUUACCGUUGUUCUUCGUAUAGCUCUAGUGAGCUCCAGUGAUCUCUGGUACGUGUUCGCUGUGACAGCUAUAUCAGGGCUAGUCAGGUGCACAGUACAAGUGUUGUUUCCCCUGGUGCUGGUGGCUGCAGCGCCUGAUAGGUUCCCAGCGGCAUUGGCGCUGCACAUACUAUUCUCAGGAGUUCUGAUGUUAAUGGCAGACCCGCUUAUUGGUGUGCUGUAUGACGCUACAGGAAGCUACAUGUACUGUUUCCUCGCGAUGGCUAUUUGCUGUUUAGUGUGUAUUGUGCUGUGGACCAUAGAGUACUUGGUGUAUCGUAAAAAAAGAUCCUGAAUAAUGUAACUAGCUUUAUUAAAAAUGAUUAUAGGCACCCCUAUUAAACCUGAAUAAUUAUAUUUUAUAAUAUUAUUAUUCAGUAUUCUAUAGUAGCUACUAUGUCUGAAUAUUUAAAUUAUUUUUAUUUCACGAUAUAGAGGAACAAGAUUUAGACUUUGAAGAUAACAAGUUCAAAGUCUAAAUGUUAUUUGAUAUUCCUUUAUUUUUAAGUGAUUUUAAAAUCAGGUGUCAUAAAAAUUAGAAUUACAAUUAAACUGACUGAAUGAUAUUU